AUGAAGAAUCUCGCCAAAAGCAUUGCUGUAUUUUGUGCAUUCUUCUGUGCGGGUAAGUUAAUCAGUUCAAGGUUUCGUGUAAUAGACUCUUCUUUAGAUGCACCCAGUUGUAACAUACGAAACAUCGGGGUUGAAUUCCGGGUGAUAAACUUAUCAUGUUGGUGACAACAAUUUCAGUAUCAUCUUCAUUCGCGGCCCCACCAUUAACUAAAUCCUACCAAUUCACGAUAUCCUCGCUCUACAGUUGUCUAUCUUUUACGUAGCUAAUGAGGCAUAACUUUCAGGCUUUUUUCUUUUGAAAUAAAUCGAAUAUCAUCAAAAAUCUUGCAACUGGAAAAUUAUGUGGUAGAUUUAUUUGUCCGUUUUUUUUUCUUUUUUCGUGAUUUGCGAGAAAACAAUUUUACGGUUUGAGAUGACUUAGGAGGCCAUGAAAUUACUGGUGGGAGCUUGUGUUUAUGAUUUUUCUAUUGUUUUCAAAUUCUCCCAAUUUUCGAGCUGCUUAAAUGGAAGGUACACAAUUCAUCAUUUGUAAAUGAAUUAUUUGCAAAUGCGACGAACACGUAUUUGCACGCGAAGCUUUUCAUUUGGCUAGUAAUUCCUUUUAAUGAAUCUGCUUCUCUUUUUCUGAGAGACCUUAUUUUUUUGGAUCGAGGACGAUCAAAAAUUAAAAACCGUCAAGAUUUUACGGCUUAAUCCUUCAGCUCAGGGCUUGGAAACUAGGCAGACUUGACGUGAUAACUGCAAUGUCCGCUGCAGAUAUUGGGUUAUCAUGUCAAGUUAUGUCAACUUCACAAGCUAGCGUAUAUUGAUUGAGUGCUCGCGAACAGUCAGAUUUUUUCUUGGUAAGUCUAAUGUAUAGUGAUCAUUUUUAACUGCAGCUCAUUCACUGCAGUGCUACGUGUGUCCUUCAACCGAUGAAUCUUACAGCGUUGAACAAUGCGAAAAAGACCAAAAGAAAAUGAACUGCAGCAAUAUUCCUGGUGUGGUCUCGGACUUUUGUUUAAAAACUUCUGUAGAAGACGAAGAUGGCAGGAAGUCUGAACGGAAAGCAUGCGUGUCCAAAGCCGAAUGCGAGCAGACCAAGGCUAAGUGUGACAACGCAGGCAAGACGGAAGAAUCCAAAGUCAAGAAAUGUUCAGUAUCCUGCUGUUCCAGUGAUCUGUGCAACAACGCCUUCUCGGCUUCUAUCAACAUGAUGUUUAUUGUUACAGCAGCGCUGUGUAGUUUCAAGUUAUUCUAA